GCACAAAAACAAAAUAGAAUAGGACCACUCCAUUUCUUUCUCAUGGAUGUCGUAAAAGGCGACUAAGGGAUAGGCUUAUAAACUUGCGAUUCUUUUUUUAGGCAAUGGGCAAGCAACCUGUCCCAAUUCGAACAAACAGCUACACGUGGCCUUUCUGUCUUUUUAAGACUGCUGGCUAUGUCUACACCGCAAGGGAUAUAGACGUGACUAUACGUAUAUAUGUAUUUUAAGUUAUUAAACUAAAAUUUUAAUUCGUGUGAGGUAUCACAGCAGAGUUUGCGGAGUUCUGACGGGAGUUGCUUCGAGUAAAAACAUGACUAACCCUAUGUAGUAUCGACUGAGAGGCAAGGUUACCACAAUUAUCUAUCAGUCAACCUUUAUAUACUUACCUACCUACUAGUUCUAUACUAGUCAUGAUAUUCAAAUCGUAUUAUUUUAUCGAAUGUUAUUAAUUUAAACGUGAGAAAUAAAUGCUUUUUAUAUUAUAAGGUCACGCUAAUAUUAUAAGGUAUUGUUUUGAAUAACGUUUUUUGAAAUGACAUGACUACAUAUAUAUAUAUAUAUAUUAUAAGUCAUAUCACGCUUCUUUCCCUUUACUAAUUUCUAAAAAAUAGCUAUGUCUGGAUCUCACAUCCUAGCCAAAGGAAAGUUCCUAUAAUUACGGUAGCAUUGCCGCGCACUAUACUAUAAAGAAAUAUAGGAUUACCGCUAUUACAUACAUACAUAAAGUCACGUCUAUGUCCCAUACGGGGUAGACAGAGCCAACAGUCUUAAAAAGACUGAAAGAUUCAGCUGUAUCGCUUUAUGGUUGAAUUGAGAUUCAAAUAGUGACAGGUUGCCAUCGCCUAUACGAGGAAUCCCAAGUUUAUAAGUCUAUCCCUUAGUCCCCUUUUACGACAUCCAUGGAAAAGAUAUGUACCUAGUGAUUCUAGUCUAAAGUGUCGGAAACCACACGGCAUUUGUCAAACAAUAAUAAUUUUGUAUAAAACCCUUAUUCUUCUUCAUCAUCAUGGAUUUGUGUGGUUACCUGUCUGAAGAAGGUCGCGAACCCGUCACUUUGACCAUGGUUUUGAAUUAGAUUUUAUUCAAUUUUUACCAAAGUGACUCUCAUCUGACCCCUGAAACCUUUGCAGGAGACCUAACUGAUUUUGGAAAAAAAUUCUAUACAUUCUGCUAAAAUCAAAAACACCAAAAUAUAUAAAUUAAGAAACUAUUUGUUUCACUAUCUAAUCCAUCUACUGGCUUAUCAAUCAAUCAAUAACAAUUAUACCAAUCUUCAGGCUCACUAAAGCGUAUGGAAUUUUUCGAUAAACUGUGCCUGGUAUAAAAACAAUAAGACCACGUCUGAAGCCCUAUUGUUGGGUUACACAAGGGACAAAAUGAGAGCGUUUCUCUAUGUCUCGUUAAUAUUAUCUACAGUCUUAUUGGUGGCAACAGAAAGUCCGAGCCCUUCAGCAAAACACGAUGACGUGUCAUUUGGAUCAAACGCGAAGGCUGUAGUCGACGUGCAAGUGCCGAACAUGUACGCCGGGCUAAGGGGGGGCUCCGACUCCCAAGUCGAGUGUUACACCUGCAUCGGAUGCACCAGAGUGACAGCAGACACUCCCACCAAGAAGUGCCCGCACACCAACGACUUUACCAAACAGAGUAAAUGUGUCACCUAUGUGGAAAAGUAUGAGAGCAACGAAUGGUACAUAAGGGGUUGCGCUUCAGUACGUAGCACAUGCGCUGAAAUAAAAAACGCAUAUGACAACCACCCUGGUGCCAUGAAGCUAGCCAGCUGCAGCGAGUGUGAAGGAGAUAGAUGCAAUAAAAGUUGCCUCUCUCAUUUACUAUCUGGUGCCACAAUUACAUUCUUCGUAAUAAUAACGCCACUACUUACGAAAUGUACUUUGUCGUAAAGUACUUAAGAAUGUAGGGCGUAACAUAAUUAAAAACUGAAUUGAUGAACAAAUAAGUGAUAACGGUGUAUUGUGUAUUAAUUGCAAAUGUCUCAUCUAUAGGUAAUAAAGCGAUUUUCUACUACUGGUA